GAUAAUGAGUAUGCAACAAUAGAGUAAAUGUGGAGUGAGUGUGUCGCCCCUCAGCGUCCAGCAGGACACACAGGUAACUCACAGGUGCGUUUCCUGACGUCAUACAGGAAGUGGACAGAGAGGGACGCUGGAGUUUCUGCUUCUGUGUUUGUUGGACGCUUGCUCGAAAAUAACACUCAUUCAUUCGUUCAAAGGGGAAACGCCUGACACAGCAGAGAGAUGUGCACUUUUGAUAAGGACAAAGGGCCACGGAGGCUGAUGAAAAAGGGGUUAACUCUCAUCCUGAUCGGUCAUAUUAACUUCAUCCUUGGAGCUAUUGUCCAUGGCAAUGUCCUCCGCCACAUUUCCAAACCCAGCCAGCACAUCUCCACUGAAUACACCGUAGCCAACAUCAUCUCUGUCACCUCUGGCCUGCUGAGCAUUGCCACUGGGAUUAUUGCCAUUGUGGUGUCAAGGAACCUUCAUGUGUUAAAACUGCAAAUAGGACUUCUAAUUGCAUCCUUCCUGAACGCCCUGCUCUCAGCAGCAUGCUGCGUUGGGCUCCUCUUGGCCAUUAGCAUCACUGUUGCCCACAAUGGUGAGGGAUUGAUGCUGGGAUGCAAUGACACAGAGGUGCCCAUCAAUGCUCGGUCACCUGUCGGUGCCAGAUGCCCCUUUGAUACAACACGAAUCUAUGACACCACCCUGGCGAUGUGGUUCCCUUGUGCUGUCAUGUCAGCAGUUGAGGUUGGACUGUCUGUCUGGUGCUUCAUCGUUGGAUUGGCUCUCAGAGGGCUGGCACCCUGUGGGAACAGCUACAUCAAAGAGCAGUUGGAGGAAGAAGCUGAGCACGCUCCCCACAGCCAGCGCCUGAUGGGACAACGCUUGAACCCUGACGCCUAACCGAACCAAAAACAGGAAGGACACCACUCCGUGUAGACAAGCACAGCUAAAUCCCAAAAGGCAUUGCUGCACCUGUAUUGACAGCAGUAGAUUUUGCCCUACAGUCAGCUAGGUGAGUGUCACUGUGGAAGAAACUGGUUCUGGCUUUGCGGUAUCAUACAGCCACAUACCUUAAUUCACAGAUGGGUUACCAAAUGGCUCUAUUUGUGUUCAUUUAUAAACCAAACAGUUUAUCUUGUAUGUGAAGCUGUGAGCAGAAUACGGUUGGGUUAAUGUAAGUGCAUCUGUACCUGAUGAAACUCAUAAAUGGUAAAUUCAUUUACAAUGACACACAAAAAAAAACUCAGUAGGUGCCCUCCAAAGUGCAGAUCCAUUUGUGCAGAUAGUAGGAUUCAGUGAGCAUACAGCCUGUGAGUGGAAGCUAAAAUUAGAUAUAAAUGUAGUCUUAUCAGCAUCCAUCCAUGGCUGUUUUGGUUCAACACUACCAAAUAUGUCCCGUCUUUCACUAUGAAGAAACCUCUGUUUAUGAAGGAAAUACAUUUUUAUAUCUAGCAAAAAUAUUUUAGAUUAUUUUAGCUUACUUAACGUAUAUUUUACCUUUUAUAAAUUCUCAUUUUCAGCAAAACAUAUUUUAUUGUUCUUAAUGUUUUUAAUAUUUUACUGAUUUUAAAACACUCCGUUGCAUCUGAGAUGCAUUCAACAAACCAUAACUCGUCAAAGUUUGCCUACGUACAAGUUUAAUGCCCACAAAUAAUGAUGUUUCAUGAUAGAUGCUUAUGUACAUUUUUAAAUUGUAAUGUGGAGUCAUAUCAUGUAAAUUGUGUGAUUAUGUGUUUGCGAUAAAAUCCCAAAUUAUUUUUACUUCUAUGCAGGUAUGGCAUUUUGCUUUAAAUUAAAUUGGACAUGCUUAAUUGCACUCCUUGAAGAUAGUUUGUAUUAUUAGAUAAUUAUAAAGACACAUGCAGUUAGUGACAUGUUCAUUAGAGUUUCCACUGUGGCUUAAUGUUGCAGGUAAAUCAUUGACUAGUUAAACAGACCAUAUUUUAUAUGCUUUUUUUUACACUGUUCAUUUUUAUUUUAAAUUUUCCUCUGACCACAUCAUUAUUUGUCAGCCUUGUGCUAGAAUUUAUUGAAUUUCAUAAAAAUAUGCUUCAGAGAGAAAACACAAGGUAUUUUAAAAACUAUGUGAAAAUGUAGGGCUGAUACACUCCCACAGUAUGUUUCACUGUUUAUUAUAUACUCUUUUGCUUACUUUUGCUUUUGCCCUAUAUUAAGAUGUAUGCAGUGACAAAAUGACAAGAGAAUGGAGAAACUAAGAAAUUUAAAUAUUUUUCUGUGUGGACCCAGAGUCACAGUAGAUCUCGUCACUUAAAGUGCAGAGUGCUAAAAUGCAGUAUCGUCGGGAUGUUAAAAGGAUGUUUCAGGAAAGAUGACCUGAAUUGAAAGUAAUCUGGAUUGCAGCAUAGCUGUGUGGAUUGAGUAUGUACAGUAUACUGUGGUUGAAUGUCAAGUGGGGUCUUAUUAAGAGGUUAAACCAGUAUGUGGGCCAGCCGCCUCAGCUGGCACAGACCCCCCCACAACUCAACGACAGAGAUGAUCAGAUCAGCGUUGAAACGGUUAAUCUAAUGCAGUGCUCAAUUGUGUGGAAGGGAAUCAUAGCACACAGUACUAAUCCUCAGGCUGUAAGGGAUAAAUAUCGACAUAGUGCUGACUGAUACAAUCCCAACAAAUCUGUUUGGCCAUUUCAGUCAGUAUGGCUGUAAACUCGUGAAAUUUAUAUUUGAAAUCCCAAGAUGAAUAUGAGGAAGCUUAUUGUGACAAAUGAACGGAAGUCAAGUAUUAUCAGAAAUUAUGACUUUUCUGAAAAUUGAGUGCAUUAUCAGUUGGUUCCUGUGAAGUAAUGGAUCUUCCAUAUCUGAGGUUUACGUAGAAUGCAGUUCACACAAUUCAUAUUUUUAUUUCAAUAAUUGACCAUCUAGCAAAUCACUAAUUUGUGAAAGGGUAUUUUUUUUAUUACUUAGAUUAUCAUGGAUAAAAUGAGCUUGUGUUAUUUCCUUGAAAUUGGUUGACUUGAAAACCUACAUUUUAUACAAAUUAAAAAUGAUAAGUGUUGUUGUUUCCAAAUGAGAAUUUUAAACACUUGAAAUAGCUUGAUUUUUUAAAACAGAAUGUGCUGUACAUUUCAUUAUUUGCUUUAUGGUUUUCUAGCAGUAUAUACAAUGCAUUUGAGUUUUAAUAAAGAUUUUCUUAAUAAUGUUA